AUGGAACAUGUUGACAUUUGGGCGCCCAUCUUGGCCGAUCCUCUUCCAAGCCAACAGGCGGAGAUUCAAGUUCACUCAACACAUGUGGAUUAUGGCACCAUGGACUUUCAAACACUCUUAGAAGGACCCCAUGAUUUGGACGGAUGGCUGGAAGGUGCAUUCAUUCCUACUUAUACAAAGGAGGCGAGUUUAACUCAUGAGAAUGAAUGUAAAUUUUAUUCACCAACUAGUGAUCAUGGCAUGAAAAUACAAACACCUAUGCCUGAGAAAGUGGAGGCCCCUGCCAACACGACUCUCAACGGCGGAGGAGGAGAAGAGGAGGAGAUGAGAGAGGGAGGAGGGGCCGUGUACCCGCCGCCUUGUCACUGGAGAAGUAGAAGGCUUGCGGCCACCACCACACCAGCGGAGGAGGGGAAGUGCGAUCUACAAGAUUACAUACCAAAAAGUGGUUGGAUGCAUGGAGGUCGUGUGAGAAGUGCACGUGAGAGAGGAUCAUGGUCGAUAAACAUAGAACCAUGCUCCCGGGACCUGCGUUCUGCAAGUGAAGGCCAAAAACAUGGGAGCAGAAGAAACAAUGACCAUUGGACAUCUGAAGAGGUGAAAGAACUAGUGGAUGGCGUAUCUGUACAUGGGGUUGGACCAUCGACUAAGUUGAAGAAUGAAAGGUUUCCAAUAUCAGUUCGGACAGCAGUGCAUCUAAAGGAUAAGUGGAGAAACCUAGUGAAAGCCGUCACGGGAAAUGUGAAAAGAAGGAUCUCGCCUCGUCUAGAUAAGGAUUGCAUCAAAAAGAUCAAGAGGCUAGCAGCUGAUUACCCUCGAAAAUGA